AUGGCCAGCGAGCCGCUCACCUCAUCAUGGAAUCCGGCACUGAUGCCAAAUAGCGUACAUGAUGUUCCAGCAGACCACGACGACCACACAAUACUAGAAGCAUCUGCGGAGCAGCCCUUGCCCGAGACUCAAGGCCAUGACCUGACACCUGAAGAAGAGCCGGCGGGAUUGGAUCAUCAUGAGGGCGGGCGCGAUGCCGAAGACCAGGCUUAUUCUCUUGGUGGCGAUGUUGAGGGCGAUGCUGGGCUAGCUUCGGAGGAUCCCGAGCCGCACCAGGGAACUGCUGAGACCACCGCAGAGCCUUUGGAGCCCGUAGCAGAAAGAGAAGGAGAUGCGGCUGCAACUGCAACCCGUACUGCGCAACAUUCAAGCUCCAUGUCCUUUGCUCGGACCUCUCACGAAGUCAGUUUUAGCGAUAACGACGAAACCGAGUGGACCCUCUCAAGGACCGACACAGACCCUUUCAAGUUCAUGUCCCCAACCGACAGAACCAAUUCUUUUCCCGUCGUGCCUCUGAUGGCGGAGGACCCAGAGCGUAUCGAUGAUGUACAUCUGCCAUCGAAUCAGGCGCUUGAUGUGCUGGAGGAGACAGAGAGAGAUGUCCACGUUGAAGAAGAAGAGUAUCAAGCCGAUGCGCAACCUCAGGCCGGCUUAGAUUCGACAUCCGAGCCUGCGAAAGAUUCACAGCGCAAGCAUGCGCCGUCUAGAUCUAUUGGCGGAGACAUACAAUGGGCGGAAGAUGCAGAAUCCGAAGCGCGAUUCGAGGAGGGAGUUCCACUGAUACCCCAUUCACACGUCGAACCUGAUGCUACAGCCAGUGGCGAAAAUGCCCAUACCCCCUCUUUUGACGAUGAUAACGAGGAUGACGACUUCUUCAGCCAAAUCAACCAAUCUGGAGAAGACGCUGCAGACAAGGGAGAUGAAAGCCCGUCGUUGCAGCGGAAAUCGACGAUGCAAGUCUUGGCAGCUGCCAGCGUAGAGCCUUUCUCUCACCAACCCACGCUUGAGGAGACGCCUGAGUGGGAUGAAGAAGGCCUUAUCUCACCCCUUGGCAAUGUGAUUGAGAAGACAGACCCGCUCGAAGGACAUGGUAACGCGAACGAGACAGGAGCUCCUCCAGGCCAGGAUCUUUCGUCAAAAUGGGAACAAGCCUUCGCCAGCGAUGAUGAUGGUGAUGAUUUCCUCAUUGAGAACACGACGGCAGAAGAUAAGGAGGAAGUGGAUGCUGCUGCGUUCUUGGGCAGCGAUGAUGAAGGCCUUUUGGAUGAUCUUGAUGAAGCACCAGCGCCGACUCAGACCGCACCGCUGAGCUCACAAGCUAGUAGUGUGGUAUCAACGCCUGCUUUUGCGCCCACUACAUAUGCACCUACUCAGCAACGGUCGACAUCCGCUGCUUCUGCAUAUACGCCUGUUACGACGCCAUCACAGCCGUCGUUUUAUGGUGUACCUUCCCCCCAGGUGACGGCAUUCCAAGCUGCGCCGCAAUACGGCCAAGCUCUUCCUCAUCCUCCCCUGCAACAGGCCUCAGAUUCGCCUAGAGCUCAGAGCUUUGCCGACAAGUCCAAGGGAGGCUAUUCGUCGCCUUAUGAUCUCCCAUCGGAUUUGGUUACCUCCACCGUGAAGCCUAGGAAACGAGCCAGUCUGCAGCAGCUACAACUGAAUAACAAUUCUUCACUGCAGCCUCCUCCCCCACCGCGAAGCGCCAGCAUGAGCGCGACUGAGAUGGUGCCCCCAGGCGGUAUUCAGAAAUCGCCUCUUCUACGACACAAGUCGUCGGGUUUCUUCGAAGACUUGCCGACUGCACCUAGGCCGCGUUCAAUCUCUAGACAGAGCACCAGAGCUGUUUCCCCGAACCCAUUUGCGCUGGCAACCUCCCCCCAUGGGCCAUCUCCUCUGAGCCCUCCCAUGGCAACUCAGAUUCCGCCUGCUGCUCCUCCAAACUCGGUCGCCAAGGUGAAUCUUGUGGCUCCUGAGCGAGUCAGCCCUUAUGCGCCCCUUCAAUCGCCAAAUGGCCCUCUGCCUUCACCGGCCGCCAAUGCAUCCAGAUACUCUCCAGCUCCUCCCCCCCAGGGAACUACCAGCCAAAGUGCGCCGCCACCGGCCAGCCGGUAUUCUCCAGCACCACCUGCAUCCACCCCAACCGCUGCAUAUACUCCCGCUGUCUCGGCCACACCACCUCAGGCAGCCCUACCUCAUCUGCCGCGGACCUCUAGCCCGUUGGCACAUUUCGAGAUUAGCAGUGACAAGCCACAUGGUGUCAAUGGAGAAGUUGUUCACACUGAGCGACGAGCUAGUUCCUCGUAUGAGCCCAGACUGACCCGUGUUGCCUCCCUCCCUCCCACCCGAGAAGUUGAGGAGGAAGACGACCAGUCUCUCAGUGCCACCCGUUCGCCACCGCCCUUGCCCACCCCUUCGGCUCAGGCUACCUUAUCACCCCCUAAAAGGCCAGGUUCUGGUUACAUACCUAGCGGCCUUCCUUCGACCCAGCCAGAGUUUGUUCCACCUCCCCGAGCUCAGACGCAAUCUCCUGGGGCUACUCGAGGUAACCAGUAUGGCCCGAAGCCGUUAGAGCCCGCUCGUCGACCUGCAUCUUCGCAUUCGCCCGCGUCUCCUCCAGCUACCAAGACUGCACAUGCGCCCAGUGCCCAUCCUCGCUCUAUAUAUCAGGCUAUGAGCAUGAUUGCUCCCACUGAUGGGCGAGAACAAGACCCUCUUCAGAGAUGGCAAGGCGUUCCUAUUAUUUCUUGGGGAGUUGGCGGAACAGUAGUCACUUCUUUCCCCCAAAGCAUUCCGAGAUAUGUCAUGAACCAAACUACACCAUCCAUGUUGCGAGCUCCAGGAGAAGUCAGGGUGCGGAAUAUCAAGGACAUUGAGUCUUUGCAGGACCGCCUGGCCAAGUUCCCCGGUCCACUAAAGGGCAAAUCAAAGAAGAAAGAGGUACUUACUUGGCUAAGUGCUGGAAUCGAAAGCCUGGCAAAGGACUUGCCAGACGUGUCUUUCCACCCACAGCUUUCUUACGAGGCGAAACGGGCCAUUGAACGCCUGUUGCUGUGGAGGAUACUCCGCGUCUUUGUCGAGUAUGACGGCGUGCUAGAAGGCAACCCUGCAGCAGAGAAGGCCGUCCGAGAUGUUCUCUCCCCAGGGACUAUUACGCCAACUGCGGAAAACGAUGCCCUGUUUCCGACCGAUCCGACCAUUAGUCUCAAUGGCGCUUCGUUGACGUCGAUGCAGGCCGACGGCGCCGAUUCCGCUACUAUGGAGCAAAUUCGUCACUCCCUUCUCAAAGGUGACCGUGAAACUGCUGUCUGGGCCGCGGUCGACAAGCGUUUAUGGGGCCACGCCAUGCUCAUUUCCCACACAGUCUCGCCCGACCUGUACAAGCGUGUUGCACAGGAGUUUGUCCGCAAGGAAGUCAACCACCCUGGCCAGAAUAAUGAGUCUCUUGCGGCUCUUUACAAAAUCCUAUCCGGUAAUUAUGACGAUUGUGUCGAUGAGCUCGUUCCUGUGCAUGCCCGUGCUGGCUUGCAGCUGGUCUCGACCGGAUCAUCUUCUCAGCCGGCCAAGGACUCUAUGGAAGGCUUGGACAAGUGGAGGGAAACUUUGACUCUCGUUUUAAGCAAUCGCAGUGCCGAUGACAUCCGUGGGCUGAAUGCCUUGGGCAAGCUGCUGUCUAGCUACGGAAGAGCGGAAGCAGCUCACAUCUGUUUCAUGUUUAGCAGGCAAAUAUCUGUGUACGGUGGCUUUGAUGACCCAAAUGUUGACUUUGUCUUGUUGGGAUCAGACCAUCGCCAGAACUCGCACCAAAUUGCCAAGGAUACGGAGGCUCUGCAACUCAGCGAGGUUUACGAGUACGGCCUGUCUCUUUCAGGCACCGCUUCAGCAGCCGCUGGCGCUCCUCACCUAGCAGCCUACAAACUUCACCACGCCAUCACCUUGGCUGAAUAUGGCUUCCGGGACAGGGCCCUCCAGUACUGCGAUGCCAUUCUCACAGCGAUAUCUUCUCAGACAAAGCGAUCGCCCUAUCACCACCAGCUGCUGGAAGCGGCUGUCGACGACUUCAUGAUACGCUUGAAACAGGCUCCAAAGGAAGAAUCCUCUUCAUGGAUGUCCAAGCCUACCAUGAACAAGGUGUCAGACAGCAUGUGGAACAGAUUCAACAAGUUCGUUGCCGGUGAUGAUCCUGAUGGCACCAACGCAACGCCAAAUGAGGAAAGCGGUCCGUUUGCCCGCAUCGGAACCCCAUCGAUGAGCCGCUCUCCAUCUGUUUCCAAUUUUGACACUUUGGGCAUCAGCUCCCCCAGCUACCCCGGGGCUGGCGCUCCCGCCGCAACAUCAGCCCUGUCGUCGGCGUUGUCUCGAUACGCCCCUGCCAGCUCUCAGCCUGCUUAUGGCGCCGAAUCACCACAGGUGUCAGCGUCAUUCCCCCAGGCCGGGCGGAACUCGAACGAGUACAAUACUAGCACAUACGGAGUUUCCCCCUCUCUUGCUGGCUCUCCACCUCACAGCAAUGGAUUUGCUUCAUCAGGUCUUGGCUUCCAGCCAAUGACUCCUAUCCUUAAAAAUGAAGGGUACUCCGGAUAUCAGCCAUACGGACAUCAGGAAUCAGCCUCAUCACAGCCGCUCUCUGAACCACCAACGGCAGGCCCCUCUACCCAAGGAUACCAGCCUAUUUCAUACGGAUAUGAACCUCCAACAAGCACGUCUGUAUUGGAACCUGAAGACAAAAAUGGUGGCGUAACUGGAGCCCCGUCGAACAGUUAUGAACCUCCCUCAAGCGGCUAUGAACCUCCGUCAUUCCAGCCUUAUGGGUAUGAGCCGCCGUCGUACGAUUCCGGUGUUGGGCCAUCUGCGGAACAAGACGAUGAUGAACCCAAGCCUAAGAAGAAGAGCUUCAUGGAUGAUGACGACGACGAUUUCUCCGCUCCUCAGGCUAAGGAGAGAUCCAAGGCGGAAAAGGAUCGUGAGAAUGAAGAGAUGUUCCGUAAGGCCGCAGAAGAAGAUGCCCGACGUGCCGCCGAAGCUGCGCAGGCCAAGAAAGGAUGGGGUUUCUCCAGCUGGUUCGGAGGUGGCAAAAAGGAAGGCGGAAGCCCUGGAGAGCUCUCGUCCUCGUCCCCCGGUAAACCUAUCAGGGCCAAGCUCGGCGAAGCAAGCAGCUUUGUGUAUGAUCCCGAGCUCAAGCGAUGGAUCAACAAGAAGCCCGGAGCCGAGCAGGUCGAAGCAAAGUCAGCCACGCCGCCGCCCCCCAAGGCCAGCAGCAGUCCCCGGUCCGUCAGCGGAACUCCUCCGCUCAGGCAGUUCACGCCGCCUCCCGCACAGGGCCGAUCAAGUGUUCCCCCGUCAUCCGGCUUUGGAACUUUGGCUCCGCCGGCAGUCCUCAACAGGGCUCCGUCGCAGGAGAGUCUCAGCGCGCCGCCAAUGCUGCGGUCCAUGUCUGGCGCGAGCACCGACAGCAAGCCCUCUAGCAGGCCUACUACGAGCAUGAGCAAUGCCAGCAGCAUCGACGACCUGUUGAGCGCUGGACCUCGCAAACCAGGGCAAAAGAAGGCCAGGAAGGCUGGGCGUUAUGUUGAUGUCAUGGCCAAAUGA